ACUUUUUUUAUACACGGACACAAAUCUGAAAUUUGAUUGGCUACAAACGAACAGCUAACUUUAUUAAAAUAUGCCUGGUUUUGAUGUUUAUUUUAAAUAAAAUUAAAAGCUGCUUUUUAAUAUAGUUCACGUAAUCAGUUUGGGUUUGAAAUGGCGACGCUGGUUCUGGAUAACGGAGCGAAUUCGGCUAAAAUCGGCUACAGUUCGGAGAAAGUCAGCGUCAUCCCAAACUGUCAGUUUCGCUCAAAGACAUCCAGAUUAAAAACCUUCACGGCCAACCAGCUGGACGAGAUUAAAGAUCCUUCGGGUCUUUUCUACAUCCUCCCCUUUCAGAAGGGUUACCUGGUCAACUGGGACGUCCAGAGGAAAGUUUGGGAUCAUCUGUUUGGAAAAGAAAUGUUUAAGGUGGAGUUUGCAGACACCAGCAUCAUCAUCACAGAACCCUACUUCAACUUCAGCUCCAUUCAGGAGUCCAUGAACGAGAUCCUGUUCGAGGAGUACCAGUUCCAAUCGGCUCUUAGGAUCAACGCCGGCUCGCUCAGCGCUCAUCACUACUUCCACUCGAAGCCGUCGGAGCUCUGCUGCCUGGUGGUGGACUCGGGGUUCUCCUUCACCCACGUCGCCCCGUACUGCCGCAGCAAGAAACUGAAGGAGGGCAUCCGCAGGAUCAAUGUGGGAGGGAAGCUACUGACGAAUCACCUGAAGGAGAUCAUCUCGUAUCGGCAGCUUCAUGUGAUGGAUGAGACGUACGUGAUCAACCAGGUGAAAGAAGACGUGUGCUACGUGUCCCAGCACUUCUACAAAGACAUGGAGUCCGCUCAGUUGAAGGGAGAGGACAACACUUUGCUAAGGGAUUAUGUUCUUCCAGAUUUCAGCGCCAUUAAAAAAGGUUUCUGCAAGCCGCGAGACGAGAUGGUCUUCAGUGGAAAAUACAAGACGAGCGAGCAGAUUCUGAGGUUGGCCAACGAGCGCUUCGCUGUUCCUGAGAUGCUCUUCCACCCGUCCGACAUAGGCAUCCAGGAGACGGGGAUCCCCGAGGCCAUCGUGGACUCGGUCCAGUCGCUGCCAGAAGAGAUGCAACCUCACUUCUACCAGAACAUCGUUCUGACCGGAGGGAACACGCUGUUUCCAGGCUUCAGAGAACGUCUGGAGGCGGAGCUUCGAUCUCUUGUCCCCGCCCACCUCCCCGUGUCGGUGCUGCUGCCUACAAAUCCGGUCUGCUACCCGUGGGAAGGAGGGAAGCUGCUGGCUCACAGUCCAGACUACGAUGAGAUGGUGGUGAUGCGGGAGGACUACGAGGAGAACGGACACAUCAUCUGUGAAGAGAAGUUUGAUAUUUGAACAGAACCACAGACUGACGGGCUUUAAACGGAGAACCUUCUCUCUGCAGAUGUUUCAGAACAUCAGCGGAGCGUCUGAUCCUGUUGAACUGACUCCAGAACUUUCCCAUUCAACAACAAAGA